AUGAGGAACAUGUACAGAAGUCAAAGGUCCGGAUCGGAUCUCAACUCAUACGCUCAGAAGAUAAAAGUCUACUUCGACACAAUCUGCCCGUGGUGCUACAUCGGCUCCCGCUCCCUCGCCCAAGCCAUUGCGAUCUACCAGAAAACUUACCCUGGUGCUCGCGACGAUAGUUUGGAGUAUGAGUUCCUCCCCUUUUAUCUCAACACAGACACUGGUCAACAUGGUCUCACGAUGAGAGAAGCUGCUGCCCGUAAGAAUGGCGCCGAGAGGGUCGAGGGUGUUUUGAAGCGCUUACAUCGGACGGGGAGGCAGGUGGGUAUCGAGUUUGAUUUCGAAGGUAAGACGGGAGCGACGAAGAUGAGUCAUGCUUUGACUCAUGGGAUUGGGAGGGAGAAGGGGUGGGAGGUGCAGAAGGCGGUGAUUGAAGAGGUUUAUCGGUGGCAUUUCGAACACGGUGGCGAUAUUUGUGAUCGAGCGGGGUUGAUCGGUGUGGCGAGGAAUGUUGGUAUUAGUGAGGGUGAGGGGGAGAAGUGGAUAGAUGAUGAGGAUGUUGGUCGGCGGGUGGACCAAUUGGCUGCGCAGGUUCGGGACGAGGGUAUUGAUUCUGUGCCUACUAUGUUCAUUGGCGAGGUGAGAGUCGAUGGAGCGGAGGAUGUGGAGGGAAUGUUUCAGGCGCUGGUGGCAGCUCGGGAAGCAGCAGCGAUUACGACUUAG